AUGAUUUCCGCCCAGUUCUUCUCAUCAUACCAGUACACCACUUCAUCAAGACAAUGUUUUUGUCCAAACUUUUUGCGAGGCGAGAAAUUCGGAGGGAAACUACAAUCCCGACUAGAUGUUAUGCCUUAUGCAACUGAAGCUCAAAGCGUCGGCAAAACCACAAAAUUGUGCGAAGAGGGUAGUGCGUUCCGGACAGCCUACGAUCAAUGUGUCGCUUGUUUGGUCACCAGCACUGAUGAUGACAAUGCCACAAGCUACAUAUCGACAAGUUUCCAGCAAUAUUUCGACUUCUGCAAUUUCACCGACACCUCUGGCGUGACCACCGUGGUGCAACGUAUUACCGCCGUCGCCAAUAUAACGGUUGCAGGACAAGCAGUGCCUUUCACAACUAUCACGGCAGACGUUACGAUUAGUCUGACUGGAACCGCCUCUGUUACCACCAGUGACGCCGGUGAGGGUGCGGUCCCGCUGACGGCAACGAACUCGACUGUUUCAGCUUCUCCUACGAUCACCACCGAUAGCAACUUGAUCCCGUCUGCCGAGCCCACUACGAGCGCUGAACACGAUUCCAGUAGCAAAGCUUGGAUGGCCGGCCCAAUCGUUGGUUCAGUAUCAGGUAUCGCUAUAAUUGCCUUAAUUAUUUUCCUGUUGUAUCGUCGACGCACUGCCAAGAGGACACCACAUUCGGACGACUUUGCAGAUAAACCACAGCUGCACUCUGAUUGUGUACCGCGGCCGCUACCUGAAGAACUCGACGCGGGCAUGAGACACGAGUUACCCGGCGAUGAACCGAGAGAUCAGAACGCGCUCAUAAACGAACUUCCGGCGAAGGAAUCAACUACACAGGGGAGAACAUUUGGCAAGAUUGAACUGCCAUCAUAUGAACCUAGGCAGCUACCUAGCUAG